AUGGCCGACGGGACAGUAGGCGGUUCCUUUUCCAACAUGGACAAUAGUCUUACUGUUCAACUUGACUUCGAUGGCCUUGGCGAUGUGCAUAGUCUGUUUUCAUCUCCAGCCCCAAGUGGUUUUACAGAUUUGUUUGCUGCUUCAGAUCAUGGUAUCGCGUUCUUCCCCCAAAAUACCCCCGAUGCCGCACCGCAAGUUGUCUUGCCUUCUAUCUCGUUCAAGCAGGUGGUCGUUUCACAAUAUGAUGUGAAUUUGGUGGGUUUGGCUGUGUCGACUGCCAAUGAGCUCUACUAUUUUGAGGGAACCAGGGCCAAGAAAGGCUCAUCCAGUAUCUCUUGGUUGGCGUCUGGCCUGCCCAUACGCGCUGAUGUGCUCGAAAUAUCAACUCAGUACAACGUGGCUUCCGGUUCUACGGAACUCAUCUAUAUCACCAACAGCGAUAAGACUGUCAAACACCUUUACCUCACCCCUCAAUCAUUUCUUUGGCAGGAGCAUAUUAUUGCCGUUCGGCCUGCAGAUGGUCAACCCCAAUCGCUUACUUAUGCCGCGCACGUAACGUCUAUUCACCCAUUCAGCUCUGUUACGGGCAGUUCCCUCGGAGCUGACUACCCUCUGAGUAUUUCCAGUGAGUGGGCUUACGUCACAAUCAACAAGAGCACAUAUACUCUCAACACUGCAGAGCCCAUUUCCGUGGUCACCGACAAUUCAGGUUCCGUCAACAUUGUGCAGCGAAUCAAUGACUCUAUCGCCUGUCCACAUUACACUGUUAUGUUAAGCCAGUUUGGUACCACCGCAUCUGUUUCAGUUGACCCAACACAGCGCAUCUCAACGCAGCUGCCAAAAUACAACACUGCGGCAUCACUUCAGAAUGCAACGACCACUGACGGCAGGCCAGUCAAGUUCCCGGAUACCACCAACUUUGACGCUGCAGCCAGCGUUCUGGAUAAGUUCAAGACUGUACAAAACACAGUCUCCAACACGACAGUCAACGCUUUGGCGGUGAAUAAUUCUACCGAGUCUUUUACUCUAAAGGAAAAUGGAGUGCUCGAGAAGGACGGUGGUAGCUGGGUCACAGACGUCGUUACAGACAUUGAGUCCUUCUUUGGUGAUGUCUGGGAAACCAUAAAGUCAGGUCUGUCGGCGGGGUUCAAAUUUGCAAUGAACGUAUUGAACGGAGCUGUUUCGAUCCUGGUAUCUAUUGCCGGCAAGGUCUUCCGCUUCGUCAUCACCACUAUGGUUGGAGCAAUCCGCUCGUUUGCGGGAUUCUUGAAGUCCGCACUGGGAAUCGACAUUACAGGAUUUCUUGAUUGGCUUGGCUUCAUUUUUGACAUUGACAAGAUAUUGGAAACUCAAGUUACUGUUAAUAAGGCCAUCGGGUCAGGCAUAGACUUCAUUAGCUACAGUGUCGAAGCCUUGCAACCAGUCAUUGUCCAAAUGUUUGACACUAUUAAAUCCCAACUCGAACAGUGGAUACCGGACACGAGAGAAGUACCUCCGAAUACCGGUGAGACGAACUUCUUCACAAAACUGAUUGGUUUCAUCUUCGACAACCCAAUUGUCAAACUGCUUGGCCAGUUCAAUCCUCUCGGCUGGGUCAUGAAACAAGCUGACGAUAUUUUCGGCGACGUGAUCCAACUACCGGAUUUGUCUGGUCUAAUUGGAGUCAUCAUGGCGGCAGUUGGGAAGACCUUUGACGAAGAAGUGACGAAUAUCGUCAAAUUGCUUUCCGAUGUUAUGCAAAAGUUCACGUCGGUCUUCAACGGAAAGACCACUGCGUUCACAGCAAUCGGUCAGCUUCUGGGUGAUGCAUUUUGGACCCUCCUGGACGCUGUCAAGAUUAUUAUUACGAAUGUCGUGGAAGUCAUACCGAGUAUUAUGGCCGAAUUUUGGAAAGUCCUGACCUCGCCCAUAAAGCUACCCAUAAUUUCGACACUUUGGGAAGCAUUCGUCGGCUCUGAUACGCCUUUGAGCUUCCUCAAUGCCUUGACAAUAAUUCCUUCUUGGGUCCUGAACAUCUACUCAGGAACUGUGUUUGGGAAGAUGCCGUUCGACCCAAGCGUAUUUGGAAAUCCGGAUGAGUGGUUCCCUUCGAAAGACCAAGUCAAUACCUGGCUGCGACCCCGUUCUUCCCCUCCAAUGUCAUUCAGGGCCUCGGCCAUGCCAAAGUCCGAGAAUUCAACAAAAUCAGACUCAAACAGUUUACUGUUUGCCAGUCUGAACGAGACAACAACAAAUUCGGAAACUGCAAAUGAGAUCAGUGGAUUUCAGAGAGUUGACCUCUGGUUGUGCAUAAUAUGCCCUUUUGUGACUAGUAUCAGCUCUGCUAUCGACGCAGGUUGUAUAUUGGUGGAUGCAAAUGCAGCAAGAAAUGCGGAAGCCAAUGUUAAUCGAAACGCACUUGGACCUCCCGGCACAGAACACGAGUUGCGGGGCAUAAACCAACCUCUGCUUCCUGCUGCGGCGGCUGACCCAGCAUCUCCUGUCAACACCUGCUUAAAAAUUGUUCGCGGAAUUAUCUCCAUAUCCCUAUUUCUCCCCUGUGUCUAUAACAUCUGCAUAGGGGCUUAUCACAGCCCUGCUAAGGAUUUGUGGGUUGUACCGGAGUUCACCGUCAAAACAAUCGGAGUGAUCAUGCAAGCGGUUAGACUAGUCAACAUAGCCGAACCUAAGCUAGUUGGGCCAGGUUACGUGGGGGAUAUCGGGGUUAUGUUGCAGUUCGGGGUUGGAUAUGCUCUCUCAGAUACCGCAGGAGAUGACCCAUUGGCAGUUGGCAGUGCAUUGACAACAUCCCUCUCGGCCAUCUGGUGUUGUCUUGGCAGACUCACAGUGAAGUACGAACCCGAAUUCGCAGCAGUCUUUGGGAUUCUCUCAGCUGAAUACGAUGUUUUGAACGCCAUCUUCUGUGCUCAAAUCCUCAACGCUGCAGAUAAAUCCAGCAUAUCCCGCAGUACGGAUCAGCUUCUCACCACGUUGGCCAGGGUUAAGAACGGCGCAUCCCAGCACCCGGUGACUCGACUGGGUCUUGAUUAA